AUGUUCUCGCCUUCGAGAGGAGGGUCUUCCUCUUCGAAACGAGGAUAUCGAGGCUUUUUCAGAGGAGGAGGAGAUUUUGGUGGUACUCUCGAAAACGCUGAAGAAGAAGCAGACGACGUUUUAAAACGCAUGUUAAAAAAAGACGUCUGCUCCGUCGCAGUCAUCGCCGGGCGCUCGUUCCACGAACGCGCGAAUCUGAAAACCAGAGUUCGGUGCGCGUUACUCGCGCCUGGCUUAGUCGACUCCGUCGCAAUAACCGACGGUGCGUUCGGCACAGAUCCAGUUUUUAGAGCGGAGAUACAUUUACCGCUGACCUUGAACGUGAACACGUACACGCACUUAUCGGUGGAGUUGUUAGACGAGGAGAUGACCAAAGUUGUGGGAUUUGGAACCAUGGAUUUCCAACUGUUCGCGAAUGAGAAUAAAGGGAAAGUGCCGGGGAAAUGGAUCGCGAUGUGGGACGAUUUGAGGGAAAACAUCGUCGGGCACGUGUGCGUGAGAGUGACGCUGGAAGGCGUGAAUUUCGGGAAGGAGAAAGCGAGGAAUCUUGUCGCGAAUAAAAAUGUUCACCCGGACGGCGAGAAGACGCCCGAGAAACAAUCGAGCGGCGGCGGCGGCGGCGGCGUGUUUGAAAUCGGGAAACACCAGAUUUCGGAAGGACGGAAGCAACUUCUCGAACGAUUCUCUCGAACGCCGCCGCAGUUUAAGAAACCGGAAGAGGUGACGCGAGAGGCGCAAGAAACGGUGACGUUGAAAUCGAAAGAGUUGGAAGAGGAGAAGAAACGGCGAGAGGCGUUGGAGAAGCAGUUGGAGGAGAUGAAACGAGCGCAAAAGGAAAGGGAAAAGAGAGAGAGAGUCACGGGAGGUGUGAUGAAUCCAAUAUCGACGGGCGCGACGGUUUCGGAAAUCGCGCACGAUUUUGAAAACCUGAAUACUAAUUUUAGCUACAACAAUAAUAAUAGCAGAGAGACGAUAAAUAGAACGCGAGAAGAAGAAGAAGAAGAGGAAAGGAGCGUGGACACCAACCACGCGAGGAGUCAAAGGUCUUUCUUAUUGGACACGUCGAAAGUUUCCGUCGGUCCGCCGUUAUCGCCGGUGAGGUCGUCCAUGAACACCUCCGUCGCGAAUAGAAGUUUUCGAGACGAACAAACGAAUCAACAACAACAACAAACGAAAGAGCAAGCGUUGAGGAGUUUACGGCAAAGAGGCAUUUUAACCGACAUUUCUAUGCAAGCGAGGGAGCGAGCGAGUCGAAAUUUCAUUCGCAAACCCAUCGGUUUAGUCUCAAGAAUAGCUGAUAGGUCCAGACGAACGGUUUUAAAAAAGUUUACGACUUUGCGAUCGAUCGUACAAACGAUCGAUCCGAACGUUUUAGUCGGCGCCGCGAUUGGUUUGUUCUUGGUUGGAUUCCGCAGUUCGAGAAGCGCGGACGAGAGAGAUUUACGGUUCGUCUCCAUCGAAGACGUGGACGUGUCUGAACAACAUCAGAAAUUAGAGCAGCAGCAGCAGCAAAGCGGUAACAACAUAGAUUACUUUUACCCGGACGACCCUAGAGGUCCGUUACGCAGAGGUGAGUACGAGGUGAAACCCGGGGAUUCCUUGUGUGCGGCCACCGGCUGCGUUUUGCCGGAAAAAGUAGAAGUGAGAGACGCAAACGGGAACUUGGUCAAAUACCCAGACGUCAUCUAUCCCGGCGAUAGAAUCACUCUGUUUCAUUAA